AUGUACGUUGAUGCAGCAGUGGACCAGCGAAGAGAUAAGUUUGGCAUUGGUAUAGCAGCUAAGGAUAAUGAGGGAAAUCUAAUCUCUACAUGGUCAAUCCCAACCGCAGCUAAAGGAGAGGCUGCAAUCAUGGAAGCUCAUGCUAUCAGAACUGCCUUGCUCAAAGCAUUGAAGGAAAAUUGGACGUCCAUCUUGGUACUUUCUGAUUGCAAAGUUCUUGUUGACAAAUUGAAUCUUAGGAAUGAGGACCUAUCUGACAUAAACAUUAUCCUGAGAGAUAUCAGGACAUUGAGUAGGUCUUUUUGGCGUUGUACUUUCUCUUUUGUUAAGCGAGAAUGCAACACUUGUAGUCAUGGUUUGGCGAAAUUCGCCACUAACCUUUUAAACGAAACUAGGUGGAAGAGUAUCUUCCCUGUGUGGACCUCUAUGGCUGCACAAAGUGAUCAUCUGGCAGUUGCCAGCUAA